GCGGGUGGCACUAAUGUUUCAUUUUAGUGUCUUUGUGUAACUGAAACACAGAGAGAAAAGAAAAGAAAAAAAGUAGGAGGGCUGCACAAGUUUGAGAUCUGAGCACAGAGAUAAUUCACAGCAGCGCUCAGAUGGAAAUGCAGCUCCCACCUCACGAGGGAGGCGAGCUGUCUGUGGUCGACAUGCACACGGGUGGAGAGCCUUUGCGGAUCAUCCUCAGUGGCUACCCAGACAUCAAAGGCGACAGCGUGCUUUCCAAACGUCGCUACGUCCGGGAACAUCUCGACCACCUCAGGAGGGUGCUGAUGUAUGAACCGCGAGGACACUACGACAUGUACGGGGCCCUGAUCGUGGACAGCGAGUUACCCGAGGCAGACCUGGCGGUGCUGUUCAUGCACAAUGAGGGCUACAGCACCAUGUGCGGCCACGCCGUCAUCGCACUGGGACGCUUCGCUGUGGACUACAAACUAGUGAAAGAGCCGAAGUCGCCAGAGACACAAGUGAACAUCCACUGUCCCUGUGGCCUGGUGAAGGCCUUCGUUGAGUACUCUGAGGGGAAAACAGGAGGAGUGAGGUUUCUCAGCGUGCCAGCGUUUGCAUUUGCUACAGAUGUGACAGUGUCGGUGGAGGGGUUUGGUGAAGUAACGGUUGACAUCAGCUACGGAGGAGCCUUUUAUGCCUUUGUGAAUGCCCAGAGGUUUGGUCUGGAUGUGUCCAAGUCCAGGACUCGGGAUCUUGUCGAUGCAGCCACAGCUGUGACCAGAGCUGUCAAAUCUCAGGUGAAGUUGCAUCAUCCAGCCAGCGAUGAUCUGGCCUUCCUGUAUGGCACCAUCCUAACAGACGGGAAAGACGAUUACUCCCCUGAACCCACCGCCAAUAUCUGUGUGUUUGCUGAAGCUCAGGUAGACCGAAGCCCGACUGGUUCUGGUGUCACGGCUCGAGUAGCUCUUCAGUAUCACAAAGGUCUCAUCCAGCUGAACCAGACCAGGACGUUCCAGAGCGGAGCCACUGGGUCCCAGUUCACAGGAAAGGCUGUUGAGGAGACCAAGUGUGGAGACUUCAAGGCUGUAGUGGUGGAAGUUGCUGGCAGAGCUUUUUACACCGGAGUUUCACGCUUUGUGCAGGAGGCAGAUGACAAGCUGACACAUGGUUUCCUGCUGAAGUGAGGUGUUUCAGCCACGUCAAACUUCUGGGGCGGACUUGGGACAUGCUGAGUGUCUCAUCUGGCUUGGUAACACCUCGGCAUCCCCCCCAAGGGAGUGGAAGAGGGGUUAGAGAGAGGAAGGUCUGUGUUUCUUUGCUUUGCUUAGACCCUGCCCCAGAUAAGCAGUAGAAAAUGGAUGGAUGGUUAUAAUUAAAGAUAAAAUCUGAAGAACAGCUAAAAGGAAGUGUACUGCCAUUCAGAUAUCUACUAAAAUAUUCUUGAUAGUGAACUUUGAUUGUAUAUGAUAAUAAACAUAAAUAACUAUGUUAUCAUGUAUGACUGAAUGUAA